AUGCUCGAUUUCAGAGAGACAUGACCGAAUUCUCCGAACAGGGGCGACAGGCUCUCUCCGACCACCUCUGCUAAAAUGCGCAUGUUUGGUUAUGGCACCAGCUCUUGGAGUUUUUGAUAUUCUCUUUUGCUCUCUCUUUCAAAGGCAGGAAGACAGAGAAGCAGAAUAUAUAUUAUGUAUUUCUCUCUCUCUCUCUCUCUCUCUCUCUCUCUUACUCACUCACUCACUCUCACUCUCUGUAGUUUGGACUGUUUCUAACGUCUGUUUUUCGGCAGAAAGAGAUCAACACAAGCUGUAAAAAUGCUUUUGACUAUCCUUUGACAGUUUCAAAUUCGGUUUCGAAAGGUGUUUUUAUUUUUAUUUUUUUUACCGUUCUCUUCUAAGACCUGAAAAAAAAAAAAGAAAAAGAAAAAAAAGAAAAAAAAGAAAAAAAGGGGAUUUUAUUUUAUUUUUGGAUAUUUGGUUUGUAAGAUUGACCAGAAAGUAGAAAUCUCAUUUGGGUUUUCUUCGAUUCUCCCAGAAUUGGAUUUGCUGUGUUGAUUUGGGUUCCUUUGUCUAGGAGUUUAGUGGAAGGAACUUUUGAAAAUGGAGCUGCAUUUGUUUUUUGGUUCGUGAGAGUAGAAAGUGGAAAUUUCAGUUGGGUUCUCUUUGAUUCUGUGAAGAUUGCAUGGCUUUUGUUGAUUUUUGGGGUUCUCUAUAUAAUCGAGAAGCCGCAUUUGUUUUUUUCCCUUUCCCUUUCCCUUUCCCUUUUUGUUAAGAUAGAUUAGAAAGUAGAAAUUUCAGUUGGAUUUCUUUUGGAUUCUCUAUCGUUGAAGAUCGCUGGAUUUAGAGGAAACGGCUUCUUGGGUUUUGUUUGAGCUGAAGAAAGUAAGAAAAACGAAGCUGCAUUUGGGUUUUUCCUCUUGCCGCUUGAUUUGUAAGCUAGACUAGAAAAUAGAAGUACUUUUGUGUUGUUUCAUUGGAUCGAGCAAUGUUGAGGAACACAUCUGCAUUUAGGAUUCACACCGUUGAUCAGCGUAUAAUCCAAACUAGGAAGUAGAAGCUCUGCCUUACUGUUUCACUGAGAAGAUGGGAUGAGGUUGAAGAGAGGGGUUUAUUGGGUUUCUUUGAUUGAUAUGAAGGGCAGCUGUGGCUGAAAGAAAAUGAAGGAAUUAGGGCUCAGCUUGGGAUCUACACUGGCGCUCAGUGUAUAAGCUAGGCUGGGAAGAAGAAAUUCUUCUUUGUUGUUUCGAUUUUUUUCUCUUGGUUCUUUGAAUCUUCCUGAAAAAAUGGGGUGCAUUGUGUCAAAGAUCCACAAGGAGGAGGCUGUAAGGAGAUGCAAGGAGAGAAAGAAGCUGAUGAAGCAGUUAGUAAGCUUUCGACGUGAAUUUGCUGCCGCCCAAAUUGCAUAUUUGCGAGCUUUGAGGAAUACGGGAAUAACCCUUAGGCAAUUCACCGAAGUAGACUCAUUGGAGCUUGAAAUCGCCCCUCUUGGCCUGGCAUUGCCGCCCUCCCCGCCACCUCCAUUGCCUCCAUCACCUCCACCCCCUCCGCCUUUUAGUCCUGAUGUUCGGAGGAUCAGCAAUGCACAGAAAGGAGAACCCAACCAAGAAGAAUGUGAUGAUGAUAGCUCCUGUGGCACCCCACCACCACCGCCUUCAGUUCAAAGCUCCGCAUGGGAAUUCUGGGACCCGUUUGCCGGCCCGUCUUCAUCGCCAUCAACUAAGAAGAAGAACAUGGAAGAUGGUCAGCAAGCUGAAGAUGAGGAGGAGGAUGAAGAUUGGGCGGAAACCAAUACUGAAUUUGAAGAAGAAAAGGAAGGUGGGGCUGAAGUUGGUGCUGCAUUAGCAAUAUUACCUGAGAAGUCCCCAGUUAGAGAAUUGACAGAUGAUGGAUCGUCUAUGGUCAGCUGGAAUACAAAAGAUACAGCGGAUGUGGCCAUGGUUGUUUGGAAGAGUAAGAAGACAUUGGCGGGGAUUGUUAAGGAGCUGGAUGAGUAUUUCUUGAAAGCUUCCGCGGGUGUGAAGGAGAUUGGCGUGAUUUUUGAAGCUAACUGUGCGGUUCAUCUUCCUCGACAUUUCAGAGAAACGAAGAAGAACAGCUGCAAGUCUGCAAAGGUCUUCAGUGCCUUGUCGUGGAGUUGGUCUUCCAAAUCUCUUCAGUCCAGCAGAGAAGCUCCUGCCUUUCAUGGUAAUGGUGAUGCCAGCAAGCCUGGUGGUCUUUGCGCUACACUGGACAAGCUUUAUGCUGAGGAGCAAAGGCUCUAUGCAGAAGUUAAGGAGGAAGAGAUUACUAAAUGUCGGCUUGAGAGGAAAACCAUAUUAUUGCAGAAACAAGAAGCCAGGGAUCAAGAAUGGAUGAAAGUCGAGAGAACCCGGUCAUGUGUAGAGAAUUUACAGACCGAGAUCAUGAGUUUGCAAGAGUCAAUAGAUAGAACUCGCUCUUCUAUAUUGAAACUCAGGGAUGAAGAGUUGCAACCUCAGCUGGUGGAAUUAUCAUUCGGGCUUAUGCAGAUGUGGCAAACAAUGUUUGAGUGCCAUCAAGUUCAGAACCACAUUGCGCUGCAGUUGAAUCAUCUCAACAACCAUCUAAGCACGGACCCCACAAGUGACUACCAUCGCCAGGCAACGGCCCAGCUCGAGGCUGAGGUCAAUGCUUGGUACAAUGCCUUGUGCAGCCUCCUCAAAUCUCAACGUGAAUUUGUACGCUCUCUCAACCAGUGGGUCGCACUGACUGACUGCCUUUCCGAUAACCAGCCAAUCGAUCCCUCAUCUGGGGGCCAUGCCUUCUGCGAAGAAUGGCAUCUCAGCCUCGAGAGAUUGCCUGACAAGGUAGCUUCUGAGGCCAUCAAGAGCUUCGCGUCUGUCAUCCACUCCAUAAUCUUACAGCAUGCAGAAGAACGCAAGCUGCAGAAGAAGUACAACCAUCUCGAGAAAAGGUUGGAGAAGGAAUUGAAAUUGCUAAGCAAGAAGGAGAAGGAUUUCAAUGAGAGUUCGAUUAUAAAUGCUUCAAGCCUCAGCAUGAACCAUCCGUUGGUGAUCAAGCGUGCGAAAACAGACGCCUUCAAGAAGAGGGUGGAGGAAGAGAAGUCCAAGUACACAAACUCUGUUCAGGUUAGCCGGGCCAUGAUGCUGAACAAUCUGCAGACGGGGCUCCCCAACAUCUUCCGGGCCAUGACGGGGUUCGCAAGUGCUUGUGCACAGUCGUUUGAGGCUGUCCAUGGACAUGCCAAGGCCAUGAAUCAUCACGAUGAUAGUGCGCCCUUCUGAUAACAGACUGAUGGAUUGAUCAAGGCCUCCCGUGACAUGUGAAAGCAGCCGGCUGACCCAAUGGUAGAUCGUCGAUCAACCUUUUACUUGUAAAUCGAGCCAUUAGUUUCCAAUGCUGUAAGUAAAAGCUCUCCACUCAUUUUCACGUCUUUACAAGUACAAUGUAUGUCCAAAAUUUCAGUUUGGGUGCAUGCCAUGCAUUAUACAUGACUUGAAGAAAAUGGUCAGUGUUAUGUACUUGAUCUGAUAUGUUGUCACUGUGAUAACAGUGCUGUGACAGUCUAUAUCAUUGUCCUGAAAAUACCAAUAUGAAUAUGUAGAAAUGUUGUCUUUGUUGUCUU